AUGGCAAUACUGUCUGGAGUCACUGUCAAUCAAGAGAAAGAGAAAGAAUACAAGUUCCCGGAAGACAGUAAGGGCACAAUAGAGAAGCAUAAAAUGUAUUUUGUCACCUUCACCUUCAUUCCAAGGCUGACUAGGGAUAACAACAGAUACUCACUGAAAAUGAAGAAGGAUGCAUUGAAGACACUUUGCCAGAGGUAUAAACUGGGAGUCAGUGGAACCAUCGCCACUCUGCAGGGAAAACUGAAGGUGUUCAGCGAAGAUUGGGACCAAUGGAUACUGCUCAAGGCCGGAGCACAGCGCACUCAUAAAGGUCUGCAACCUGUCCCUGGCAGUAAGAAAAAAACUCUCAAAGGGGCACAACUAUGA